GCUAUGAAUAUGAGCGCUGCACACACACACAGCUACAUGUCGUCUGCUUUAACGGCAUAAUUACACAGCAUUUUGGACAUCUGUGUUGCUGAAUCUUUUGCAAUUUGUUCAAUUAAUAUUGGAGAAGUCAAAGUAGAACAAUGGAGUUGGGAAGCUUUAGCCACACGGUGAUUCCUUGUUUAAAAUUCACGGACGUGAAACUUUACUAUGGAUCACAGCAAACAUGGAUCCCAAACGAAUGUCAACCAGCAGGUUUUGCUGCCGUCGACUUCCCUGAGACACUGCGCGUCAACACCCGUCCUUGGACGUACACUUCCGACUAUCAGUGGAGAUCGAGAUCCUGUUUGCUGUAGCUGUGGGACGCCCUCCCUGUUGUUUUUGUAUCCAUUAAAAAACAUCGUCCAUUGCCCUGAUUUUUGCCUACAAUUGCUCCUGCUGUGUUCGCUUAAUCAAGCAAAGUCUAAAAAGUUGGAAUAAUGACGACCAUCAGAUUUGGGAGCAGCAUUGGACCAUGCCAGACUCGUUCGGUGGAGAGAAUGUUUCCAGAAGAACCUGAGGAAAAGGGAGACUAUGACCCGGACAGACUUUUCCAGUGCCCUUUUGAUAAAAACCACCAGAUUCGUGUUGGUCGCCUCCCUUAUCACAUUAUAAAAUGCAGAAAGAACCAUCCAAAACUGGCAAUGGAGCUUAGGACCUGUCCAUUUAAUGCUUGCCACCUUGUGCCUAAGGAGAAGCUGGCCAGCCACACUGACACAUGUCCGUACAAAAUUUCCAUGGACACAGACAGUGGUGGAGUUGAAAAACCCAGAAAAUGGGAAGUUCCAGUCAGGCCCCAAUUCAGCGCAGACAUGACUGAAGACUGGGAGAAUGAGGUUGAUGAAGCAGCAGUUCCUUUUGUGUGGGGUAAAAAUACUCAUCGAUCAGAGGCCAGACCCACCAACAUCGUUGCUUCAAAUAUUCGUCCACCAACUUCACUGCCAUGGUAGACCAAAAUGGUUUACACAGAACUUUAUUUCUUAAUUAAGUUGCUCUCAGAGCCGAUUGGUUGACGGUUUUUUAAAUAUUUUAAAUGUUUUAAGCACUUUAACUUUACAGUAUUGUGUCAUUGUUUGGGUUGAUUUUUAUAUUAAAAUGUUUGCAUCAAA